AUGGAUAAUAAAAUUAAUAAGAUUCAGAAGAAAAAACUCCCAUUGUCAAGCAAAAAUACUAAUGUGGUUACAAAUCUCCAUGUCAAUUCUACGAAUCAGCCUCGUAAUAGACAAAGAGUUUUGAAGAAUAAAGGAACUAUUUUCGAUGACCCUAUAAGAGACUCUAAUGUGAUCUUGGAACCUACUAAGAAUACUAAUUUAGAUUUACUUAUAAAAUUUGGUAAUGAGAGACAGCGGAGAAGGUUGUCCAAUGUAAAUAAUCUUGAGAAUCAAAAAUGCAAUCCUGUCCAUUUAAAUUCAGAGUUCAAUCUAGGAUCAAUCGUUGAACAAAAUCAACAACAAGUUCCAUCUCAGAAGAUUGAAAAUAAUACACAACUCAAGGAAAAAGGUCACAAUGGUGAUUCAUUGAGUAGGAUAAAACUUCGAGAACUGCAAAGUACAAUCUUAUCGCUGGAAGAGUCAGCUUUCCAAUGUCAACACGGAAUAUGUGAUCAGAUGAAGUAUCCAUAUCUGGACUCCAUGAGAACUUGGUUCCUCUUUGAUAUGGAGAUGACAAUUGAUGGAACAAUAAAUUUAAGGAAUUCAUGUUAUCAGCAAUACGUUUAUAAUAAGCUUGAUAUGAUGUGGCCAAAAUGCAAUACCCUUUACGAUGCAGUCCCAGUAGGAUCAGAAGACUUCCCAAUUGAGCAAUUGUUCAUUAGAGAAAUCAAACUCGAUCCAAAGCCCAAUAAGAAAGCUAUGGAUUUGGAGACUGAGUUGGAAAAUGUGUCAAUAGAUAUGGAAAGUAUUAUGGAAACGACCAAGACUGAUGACAUGAAUAAAUAUGUUUUUAAGAAGAAGAUUCCACCUAGUCUUCUUUCAAGAAGAAAUAAAAAAGAAAUAUUCGAUGAAAUACCAAUAAAAGCAGAUGAGGUAAUUAAUAAUAUGAAUACUUCUUCUUCAUCAAGAAACUCAGACAUUCUUUUCAUGGAUGCCAAUGAGGACGGUGAUGAAGGUGAGUCUGUGGCACAUAAGAAAAGAGUUAAAUCCUGCUUUCUGGAGAAAAAAGUAAGUACUUUGGAAGGGUUGGUAUUGCCAAAGUUAAAUAAAUGA